AUGAGCAAAAGUUUAGGAACUCCGAUAAAAUUAGUUGUUAUAGGGGAUGGCACAGUGGGCAAGACUUGUGCCCUUUUGACUUACACUACUGGUAAAUUCCCUGAAGACUACAUCCCCACCAUCUUCGAGAAUUAUAGUGCAUCCAUCACCAUUGAUGGCAAGAAGGUCAAUUUAGGUUUAUGGGACACUGCUGGUUAGGAGGAUUUUAAAUAAAUUCGACCUUUGAGUUAUCCCAAUACAGAUGUAUUUCUAUUGUUUUUUGCUGUCAAUGAAUAAUCAUCAUAUAUUAAUGCCUAAUAGAAAUGGUAUCCUGAAUUGAGAACAGCCUUAAAUAAUGUGCCUAUUAUUAUAGUUGGCAGUAAAAUUGAUUUGAGACAGAACGAUAACAAAUGCGUGCAAAGAGACUCAGCCAAAAGAAUGGCAGACUAAUUGGGGUGUCCCUAUUUGGAAUGCUCAGCUAAGGAUAAAAUUGGGCUGAACGAAUUAUUUGAGGAGGCUGUCAGAACUGCAUUGAGAUCGAAGAAGCCAAAUCGAGCUUAGGAAGAGAGUAAAUAAAAUAAGGACAAGAGCUGCCAAUUAAUCUGA